UAAGCACUUGGAGGAAAAGAAGGUAAACCAAGGAGCCAAUAUGCCGUGAACAGUGCAGGUGAUAAUAGAGAGGACCAAGAAGGAGACUCUAGGUUUUCAGAUGUGAUCCUGGCAACAAUUUUGGCUACAAAAUCAGACAUGUGUGGCAAAAAAUUUGAGCUGAAGAUUGAUAAUGUUCGUUUUGUUGGCCAUCCUACGUUGCUGCAGCACGCCCUUGGACAGGUAUCCAAAACUGACCCCUCACCAAAGAGAGAGAUGCCUACCAUGAUUCUCUUCAAUGUUGUAUUUGCCUUAAGGGCCAAUGCAGACCCAUCUGUGAUAAACUGCUUACAUAAUCUCUCCCGUCGAAUUGCCAUAGUUCUACAGCACGAGGAACGUCGUUGCCAGUAUCUGACCAGAGAGGCCAAGCUGAUCUUAGCCAUUCAAGAUGAAGUAUCUGCCAUGUCAGAAGCAACAGAAGGUCCACAGUCUCCUUUCCAUCACAUCCUACCCAAGUGCAAGCUGGCCAGAGACCUCAAGGAGGCUUAUGACAGUCUCUGUACAACAGGAGUGGUGCGUUUGCAUAUCAACAACUGGCUAGAAGUGAGCUUUUGUCUGCCUCAUAAAAUCCAUUAUGUUGCAACAAAUUUUAUACCCCCUGAAGCAAUUGAAAGAAGCCUGAAAUCUAUUCGGCCUUACCAUGCCUUAUUGCUUCUGAAUGAUGAGAAAUUGUUGCUUAGUGAGCUCCCAUUGGACUGCUCCCCUGCCUUAGUGAGAGUAAUUAAAACUACCUCCGCUGUGAAGAAUCUGCAGCAGCUGGCUCAGGAUGCUGAUUUGGCAUUACUACAGGUUUUCCAGCUUGCUGCACAUCUUGUUUAUUGGGGAAAAGCAAUUAUCAUCUAUCCACUGUGUGAAAACAAUGUCUAUAUGCUGUCCCCCAAUGCCAGUGUUUGUCUAUAUUCUCCUUUAGCAGAUAGAUUUUCCUGUCAGUUUCCUGGCCAUGACUUGCCAUCUGUGCUUUCCAAGUUCUCACUCCCAGUUUCAUUAUCAGAAUUCAAGAAUCCACUGGCUCCACCUAUUCAGGAGACUCAGCUUAUACAGAUGGUGAUCUGGAUGCUUCAGCAUCGGCUUCUUAUUCAGCUGCAUACAUAUGUCUGCCUGAUGGUGUCCCCUAUUGAGGAGGAUUUCCGAGCCCAAGAUGAAGACAUGCCCUUUACCACUAGAGUUGGAGGCAGAAGUCUGAGCACUCCCAAUGCCCUCAGCUUUGGUUCCCCAACCAGUAGUGAUGAUAUGACACUCACGAGCCCUAGCAUGGAUAAUUCCAGUGCUGAGCUGAUACCUGGUGGGGAUUCGCCAUUAAAUAAACGGAUGACUGAGAACCUGCUAGCAAGCUUGUCAGAACAUGAGCGGGAAGCUAUUCUUAAUGUCUCUGCUGCCCAGAACCCAGAGGAUCUCCGCAUGUUUGCAAGGCUGCUACACUAUUUUCGAGGACGCCAUCACUUGGAGGAGAUCAUGUACAAUGAGAAUAUGCGCCGUUCUCAGCUGCUAAUGCUUUUUGACAAAUUCCGCAGUGUGCUGGUGGUAACCAACCACGAGGAUCCUGUGAUUUCAGUUUUUCAGUCCCUCUUGAAAUGAUAGCCGGGCAGAGGAGGAGGCAGCUAUGCCACAUUGGGUUUCUAUUUAGCUUAGUUCUAAUAUUUUAUUAAUAUGUAUACAGACAAUAAAGAGAAUGGGUAUCAUUAAUUGAGGACACUGUUCCAGCUUGUGUCAUGGAUGUAACGGGUGCAUCCAAAUAAGCGGGGACAUUGGUUUACCUACAGACAAGUCGCAGUAGCACAUCGUGUGCCACUGCGACUUGUCUCCAGGAAAUGCCUGUGCCACACAUGCUCUGGCUUAUGGCAGGUUACCCCAGGUGCGUAGGAGAGGUUAGGGCCUGCAACUGUGCUGGUCCCAGCAGCCUUACCAAGGGGCUUCCUGGGGCUGCAUUCAUGGCAGGAAGCCUGGCCAGCAGCCAGAGUGUGGUUCCAGCUUUGGGUGGCACAUGCUGCACCACCCAAAGCUGUGUACCUAGAACAUGUGCCACCCCACUUUUUUUGGCAUGAGGUUUUUUGACCCUGGGAUCUCCUGGAGUCAGCCCCCCAACAAGCAAGGUACCAAUGUGGGGAAUGCCUGCAUGUGAGGUGUGUAGCACUGCAGGCAGGUCUGCGGUACCACAUACCCCACAUCUACGCUUGUCUGGAUGUGGCCAACAUGUCAACUUUAGCAAGUUGCCUCCCCUCUCCAAACCCUAGUUUCCCCUUCUUGAAGAAUCCAGACCUGCCAGUGUAAGGCACUCUGAAUUCUGGGGAUGAAAGAUAAUAGGUAAGUGAGAGGUAGCAAGUACUGGCUGAAUGAAAAGGCAAGUGAUGCUUUUCAGCUCAAAUACUGCCACUGUGCAGCAUUUUCCCCUUGUUCUCAUUACUUAGCAGGAUUUGUGUGUAGUGUGAAAGCAAGUUUUAUCUUUGUCACUGAACAAGUAAUGCAUUGCCCCCAAGUGCACGUCGGUGCAUUAAAAGUGUUUGAUCUCUUUUUACCUGAUGGGGAGGGGCCACAUGGCACUGUAUAGGUCUUGAGCUCUUUCAACUUCUGUGCACAGGCAGCUCAACAGCUGUAGCUCUAUAAAUGUAGGUAGCUUUGGG